CAAAUAUGGCGGUUUUCAGGGAAAAAUCAAAUUUAACGGAUUUUCUUUUCUCUCAGCUGCUCGCAGCUCUCAGCUGUAUAGUGUUCACAAGUGUGUAAUAUAUCGUGAAUAAAAUGAUUCCAUCGAAACCUAGAAGAAGUGAAUCUAGACGGUCAUCGAUUCUUAAACCAUGUAAACCACGGCAACCAUUACAAAAUGUAAAUUUGGAUUCUUCGUCCAAUGAAAACAGUCCAACUUCAUCAAAAAACAAGAGACGUGUUAGUUUUGCGGAGAAAAAACAUGUCAAAGAAUUUUGUCAUUCUACUGAACAAGGUACUGUGUGGGAUAAUACAUAUGAAGAACAAGAUUCUACUUCAAAAGGAUCUUUCGUAAUUGAUCAGAAUGCUGAAGGUACCUAUUUAAUUGAUAAUCAACUACCGCAAGGAUCUACCGCAACAGCCAAUGAAGAAAAUAACGAUACAAACUGUAAUUUAAGUUUUACUACAGUACUAAAUAAAUCUUGUAUAUCUAAUAAUGAUUGGGUAUCAAGUAAUUUGGAUACAGAAUAUAUGCGGUUGUCUGAUGAAGAAUCUCAAUUUGGACAAGUUACAAUAACAGAUACAUCUAAAAGUAUAAAAUCAAGCAAUAUUAUGAUAUAUAGAGAUUCUGAUGAAGAAGAUUGUGAAGAUAAUGUUGCCAGGAAAUAUCCUUCCGAAUUCUGUUCUAAUAAUGUUGAUUCUGAAUUAGACAAAACACGUAUUCAAGAUUUUUCUAUGGAACUAACAGCACCAAUAUCUACAUCUUUAGUAUCUUCAUAUUUACACGUUGAAGAACGAAAGAAACAAGAAGGUAACAAAAAUAAUAACAUAAAUAAUUCAAAAACAAAUACUAUUAUAAUUAUAAUCAUAUAUCAAUGGAAUAUAUUAACUAAUUGUAAUAAUGUAUCAAUAAACAUUACGGAGACUGUACCAAUAUUUGUGGAAUCUGUUGCUUCUAAUUAUGUCACAGAUACUGAUCAUACAAAUAAUACAAUUUUUGAUACUUCGAUGGAAAUGAUUAUGACACCAUCUAAAAUGAACGAAAAGAAGGUCAAUAAUGAAAUUACAAUUAAAGAAAAAGCUCUGACAAAGAAUCAAACUGAUAAAACUGAGAUUUUUAAUGAUAUACUGAUGGAAAUGACAAAACCUCUAGGUACCAUAUUGUUUUCAAAUGUUUGCAAGAAGGCAAAUAUUAGUGCGAAUGAACCAAUAUCUAUAGAUGAUAGAACUGUGUUCCAUAAUUUAUCCAUGGAAAUGACCAAGAUAGUGUCGACAAGAAACGAACAAGAAAUUACUGAUAGAAUUAUUUGUAAAUCAUCUGAAGAAAAUACAGAUAUUAAAAGGGAUAUAAAUAGAUCGGACUGUUUUAAUGAAAAAACACUAUCAUUAUGCAAGUCUAUGGAGUUUACUGAAGCUCUCCCAAUUUCCUCGUGUCAAGAGAAAAUGUUUCAUGCUGCACACAUUGCUCACUCAAACAAAAGUACAUGUGAAAUUGACAAAAAUGAUAAAACUAAAUUUUUCGAUGAUGCAUCAAUGGAAACAACAAAGUCAGUAAGUGUAGCACCUUUAAACAUUGACAAAGCGAAUUUAAAAAUUGAUGAAUUAAUAUCAGAAAAUGAUAAAACUAUACUCUUCGCUGAUAUGCCCAUAGAAAUGACUACUGCGAUAUCAAGAAAAGAAAUUACUCAACCAAUUUGUAAGUCAAUAUUUAAAGAGAAUACACAUGAAGAAAAAGAUAGGAAUGAUACAAUCUGCUUUAAUGAAGGAACCAAAUUGUUAUGUAAAUCUAUGGAAUUUACCGAAGCCGUCCCAAUUUCUUUGCACGAGAUAACAUUUAGUACUACUGAUACUGCUCACACUACACAGUCCGUAUCAUUUUCUCAAACAUUGUCAAAAACAAUCUCAAUACCAGCUGAAAAUUCCGCGAGAGUAUCAUGCCAAACUGAUAUAGUUGCAAGUGAAACCAUUCAAGAUAUAUCAAUGGAAAUGACUACUGCAGUACCAUCAACAUUACAUCUUACACAAGAUGAGAAAAUAAAUAAAACAGAGAAUUUAAUAAUUUCUAAAAAUGAUGAGUUCCAACAUUUGACAAAUAAUAAUCUAACAAAAUUAAGGGAAGAUGUAACAAAAGAAAAUUUUACAAUUCCCAGAGAAAUUGUGAAAGAAAAUAUUAGACACGAUGAAUUGUCUAACAUUUCCAUUAUUCAAUCUCCACUGAAUAAUUCAUUAAGUACAAACUCAGGAAAUGCCAGCAGUAAAAAAAGAAUGUCUGAUGACAAAGAAUCAUAUUCAAAACGAGUUCGCAAUUCUUUUAUGGAAAUUCAGUCUUCUCAAGUAUCUUUAAGUGAUGUACAUUCAUUUUCUAGUACUGGCGCUAACUAUGUAAAUGAUUUAAAUGAUAUUGAACAAGAACAUAAUGAUUCUGUAAAAGAAACAAUAGAUCAUACACAAAUAUCUGAUUCAAAUUUUAGGAAUAGUCUAGACGAGAUUAGUAAAUAUAGUUUUUCAAGAAAAAGUUUGCCACAUCUGGAAGAUAGUUUCGAAGAGCUACAAUCAAUUAAGCCACCAUCGUUCGUACAUUUAAACAGCGAGGAAGAAAGCUCUUUCCACGAAAUUCAACACGAAUUUCGGUCAUCGACUAUCACUGGUACAUCAGUAAAUAAUACUUCUAACCAAUUAAUAGUAAAUAAUGUAACAGAAUCCAACUGUCCAACAAAUUCGAAGGAAAAUGCCGCAAACGAUUAUUUCACAAUUUUAAGAGAAAAAGAGGAAUCAAUAAAUACUGAGAACAAUCGAAUAGAAGAUCGCCACGAAAAUACUAUAAUGAAUGAAGCUGAAGAUAAUCAGGAAAUUGAUUGCCAAGUGAUAAUAAAGACAAUUAUUAAUGACAAUCAACUUAAUAAAUCAAAUUAUCAUACGACAAAGGAUAUUAAUGAGAAAAGCGUACUAUCAAUGAAUGCUAAGGAUGAGAAAAUUGAAACAAAAAAACGUAGUGAUCAUCUCGAAAGUACAGGAAUAGUAAUUGAAGAUCAAAUAAAUCCCGAAAAACAUAGAAUAAAUUUAAAUGAUGAAAUGAAACAAAAUAUGAGACAGAAAGACAAAUGUGCAACAGAAGGACUCAUAACAACACAUAAUGUUAGCAUGAUUAAUGAAGACGUUAAAAACGAAGAUCCGUUUGUAACAUUAUUGCAAAAAUUAGAAACAUAUGCCGCAGGGGACGAUAUUAUUUGGAACAUAUAUUAUAAUGAUAUUAACAGAAAAAUGAUCGUUUUUGGUUUCAUAGCAAAUUCAUUAUUGAUAGCGACAUUUUUAUCAUAUGAUUUUAAUGACUCCGAGAAAAAUUUGAUUAAAAAAAUCAAGAUUAUUUCCCGCCUGGCAGAUGAUUCAGGAGUAUUCUCAAAGAUAGUUCACAAAUUAAUUCUGGAGAAAGUAAACGCUGAAUUACUUAUAAAUUCGUAUAGAACUCAUCAGGACAUCCUUCCAAUGUUAAAUUUUAUUUCAGAAGAUGUAAAACUAGCGAUGGAUUUCAAGUUUGAUUUGAGGCGUUUGGAUGAUUUAAAUUUAAUGGAGAUUACUAAUGACGAAAUUUCAUUUACAUCUCGAAGCAAACGGUUGGACAUUAUACUGGAAGUUACGAUUAAAAUUAAACAAUUUGAUAAACUCACUCCAAAUGAUAUCAACUGUUAUUGUAUACUAGGUAGAAUAAAGGAAACAGAUAUUAAAAAAUUAAUUAAAAAUGUAAAAAGAGACCAUAAAUUUUUACGGAGAUAUAUGAACGAUGUUAAGGAUUAUAUCGAUAUAAUGGAAGAGACUUUGAAAUAAUAUAAUGAUUGAAAAUGAAAAGGUUUCCGAUUCAUCUUCUAAAGUAUCAGUAUCUUUUUCAUAAUAGAAUGCAGCUGGUUCAGAGAACGCAACUUUUUAUGCAAGUACACAAGCAAUGGAUAGUAUAUCGACGAAACGAUCAUCUUUCAUGGAAUUAUACGACUUUCCGUUGCGAUCUUGAAAAACACU